UUGUGUACCUUUUCGCAGGACAAAAUGUCGCAAGCAAUGCUUCUCUUCUUGGGGCUUCUUACUCUCACCCCAUCGUUUGCUCAUGCUUACGAUGAUGGAGGUUGGGUUGCUGCCCAUGCCACUUUCUAUGGCGGGGGUGACGCCUCUGGGACUAUGGGUGGGGCUUGUGGGUAUGGAAACCUAUACAGCCAAGGUUACGGCACAAACACAGCAGCACUGAGCACAGCCUUGUUCAACAACGGCCUGAGCUGCGGGGCUUGCUUUGAGAUCAAGUGUGUCAAUGACCCCAAAUGGUGCCUUCCGGGCUCUAUUUUGGUCACCGCCACUAAUUUCUGCCCUCCAAACAAUGCACUCCCUAACAACAACGGCGGUUGGUGCAACCCUCCUCAGCACCACUUCGAUCUCGCCCAGCCCGUUUUCCAGCAUAUUGCGCAAUACAGAGUUGGAAUCGUCCCUGUCUCCUACAGAAGGGUACCUUGCCAGAAGAAGGGUGGGAUCAGAUUCACAAUCAACGGCCACUCAUACUUCAACCUGGUCCUAAUCACAAACGUUGGUGGUGCCGGUGAUGUUCAGUCUGUUUCCAUCAAAGGGUCAAGAACUAAUUGGCAACCCAUGUCUAGGAACUGGGGCCAGAACUGGCAGAGCAACUCUUACCUCGACGGCCAAAGCCUCUCAUUCAAGGUCACAACCAGUGAUGGCCGCACUGUGGUCUCUAACAAUGCUGUUCCGGCCGGCUGGUCUUUCGGACAAACUUUCUCCGGCCUCCAAUUCCCAUAAACUAAACUAGUUAAACG